AUCACCUAAUUAGUAACAUAAUUAAGCAAAGUAAUUGUGUCAAAUCCCAUGAUUUUGGGAAUUCUAAAUCUGAUUUGAAUAUUGAAAAUAGUGUUAAAGUGGUUUAAUGACAGUGGUAAAGGCAUUUUGAUGACUGUGGCCAAGAUCCAAAUGUUGCUAGGGAGAGUGUUGUGGACUUCAAGGAAAAGACGUCAUCAAAUAUGGCCCAGUGGAGGAGAGUUUUUUAUCCUGGGCUUCUCUCUAUUUCUAGAUGGGCCUUCAAGGAUUUGCCCAUUUUUCCCUAAAAUUGCAAAUUCUUUUCGUAGGACUUUGGGCUCUGUCCAGUCCUCAAGUAAACUGAACUCUUUGUCGAUGAAGGAGAAACCCUUAGCUAGGGCUUCAAUCUCCGUAGGCAAUAUCGGGGAGGAAAAGGAGUUUCGAAGCUGCAAGGUUUCAGAGGGGGGCUCGCAGGGGUUGAUGGUGGUGAUGCAAGAUAUACUUGAUAAUUGUGUAAAAGGAUGUGACAAAGGCAAUACUGAUUCUGUGAAGGAGGGGAUUUGGGACGAUUUUGAGGGGGAUAUUGAUAAUAAUGGGGUGCAACAAAGGAUGCUGUUAGACAUGGAGGAGGGAUAUUUGAAUGUAGAUGAGGUUGGACUGCUCUCUGCUGGGAGUGGAGAUUCUGAUAGCAGCUCGGAUGAUGGUUCAGAUUGCCACAAAAGUGGGCUGAAGCUCAGAUUGAAUGCUGAAGAGGUAUUUUGAAAUGCUGGGAAGAUGGUCGACAUGGAGGUGUUGAAAAUUGGGCUGGUGAUGACACACGCAAAGAUAUAAGGGGUGAUCUGGUCAGUGAUGAUCAUCUUUGCACUUCGGAUGUGCGCUGAGAUCCUCAAAAGUCUUCAAUGGUGGGUAAUUUUGAGGAAGGGUUACCUUCUUUCUGGGGAGUGUGGUAUAUCUAGGGAUGUCAAUGGACCGAAGUGGGGGCAGAGGG